AGUCACUGUCACUGCAUUGCAGUCUUGGUGUCUUGGCAGCCCAUAGCAGUAUUCCUCCCAUUCACCAGCUCAUGGGGAGGAAGCCUUUGGAAUGUGACGUAUGCAUGACAAGUUCAUGGCAACACACAAGAGGGCAGAGACCUUGAUGGAUUCGGUGUGUGAAGAUAUGCAAGAAAAGCCUGAACCAUAUUUUAGUUUCGGAAUCAUUGCUGAUAUUCAGUAUGCCGACAUAGACAAUGGUUACAACUUUAUGAAGACCAGGAUGAGAUAUUACAGAAACAGCCUGACUCUCCUAAAAGAAGCCGUUCAGGAGUGGGAUACGGAAAGCAUCAAACCUAAAUUCAUCCUCCAACUUGGUGAUAUCAUUGAUGGCUUCAACGUUCCCCAGAAAACGUCCGACACAUCGCUUGCAAGAAUACUGGCAGAAAUGGAAAAACUGAAGAUCCCUUUCCAUCACAUUUGGGGGAACCACGAAUUCUACAAUUUCAAGAGAAAAUAUUUAAUGGAAUCUAAACUGAACUCUAAACCAUUAGAAGAUGAAAUUGGUCAACUGACCAUAAAUGAAGAUACCAGCGAGACCAGAAGUGAUCAGGAGUCUUUCUAUGGCUAUCAUUUUAGUCCUUAUCCCGGAUUUCGAUUCCUCUUAAUUGAUUGUUAUGACCUCAGCGUCAUCGGUAGAGAUACAAUGAGCAUCAAAUAUGGGAUUUCGUUAAAACUCCUCAAGGAAAAGAAUCCCAAUGAGGAUUUGAACAGCCCUAGAGGACUAGAAGAAGAGCAGUUUGUACAAUUUAAUGGCGGCGUCAGUGGGGUUCAGUUAAACUGGAUCAAUAGCGUGCUUGCAUCUUCAGAUGAACAAAACGAGAAAGUGGUGGUCAUCGGUCACCUCCCCAUCCAUCUAGACUCCACAGAUGCUAUUUGUUUGGCCUGGAAUUACAAGGAGAUUUUGUCAGCGUUACAGUCCCACCCCGGUGUAAUUGGAUAUUUUGCAGGACACGACCACGACGGAGGGUACUCUGUGGAUGCUAGCGGAAUACACCAUAUAACUUUCAAAGGGGUAAUAGAAACACCUCCCGAGAAUCAGGCCUUUGGGACGAUGUAUAUGUACGAAGAUAAAAUGGUUUUAAAAGGACGAGGUCUGGUUUUAAGCAGAUCUUUACAUUAUAGAAAUGGUGGAAAGGAGGAACAUGUGCAUUAAUUUUAUUUGUAGUUAAUUCAGUGAAUUCUUGACAAUCCAUUUAUAGAAACAGAAAAUUACCGAAACUUGUAGGUUUAUACAGGUACUAACAGACAUGAGGCAGCGCUGCUUUCUGGAACUAUCAUAUUAUAACUCCAACACGUUAAACAGCAAAGGUUAUACAUACAAACAAACCUGAACAGAAAGACGCUAACGCUGUAAAAGCCAUAACAAUAGACGCAAGUCAUCACAUGUUCUGGCUCACAGAGCUCUCUCCAAGAAUGUCUUGAGUGUAAUUAAAAUAAUUCAAAUGUCUGUUAUUCAUAGAGCUGACUCCGUCCCCUUACUCCCAGAAUCCUUUGGGGGUGGUGGGUGAGCCAAGAGCCAAAAAUUGCAGCGAAUUAACUCUGCGUGUAUCUGGAUUAUUUUGUUUUAUUAAACACAAUCUCAAGAA